AUGCAGGGUCUUCCAUUACUUCCUGGAAAUAGCUUUCGAGAUCCCACGCAAACAAACUACCAUGUUAGUCAUACGCUCGAACUGAAAAAUGGUCAUCGUGUUACUAAAUGGCCGGAAGUCGGAUUAGGUGGUACCCGCAUCAAUUAUAAUCAGAUUAGUGAAGACGAAUUGGAAUUACUUCGUAAUUAUCGCCCUGAGCUUGUUUACGGAAAAGCCGUCGUUAAUACACCGGAUAAAUUUGUACCAGCGACGUUAGCAUUUGAUAAAAAAGUCUUACGAUUUUAUGGUUAUUUUAAACAAACCGUGCCGGAAAGUCCAAAUGAAUAUUAUCGAGUCCGUCCUGUGAAAAUUUUCUACUAUCUCGAAGAUGAUAGUUUGGAAAUUCAUGAAGAAGUUCAAGAAAAUAGUGGCAUUCCUCAGGGUAAACUUAUACGUCGUCAUCGAUUUCCAAAAAAUGAUCAAGGUGAAACAUAUAAUUGGAGGGAUUUAAAUCUUGGACAAAAUCUUGCGGUUUAUGGAAAAGUAUUUCGCAUAUGUGAUUGUGAUGCAUUCACUAAAGAAUGGCUCGAAAGUGAGGGUAUCACUGUUAAAUCGUCUGAACCAAUCCCGUAUGAUCCCUAUUUAACAAAACGUCAUCAAACAGCCGAAUUGAAAACAUAUAAAACAAAAAAUGAAUUUGAUAAAUUGAAACAAUUUAUUGAAAUGGAUAAUAAAGUGUUACGAUUUUAUGCUGUAUGGGAUGAUCAAAAUCAAAUGUUUGGUGAAAAACGUCAAUUUAUCCUUCAGUACUAUCUUGUCAAUGAUACAAUGGAAAUUCGUGAAGUUCAUAAAGCAAACGAUGGACGUGACCCGUUUCCGAUUUUAAUAACCCGUCAUAAAAUACCAGUUGAUCGUUAUAACAUCAAAGGUACAUUUCCGCAUGUAUUUCUGGAAUUAACUGACACUGAAGUUGUCAACUAUUUUAAGCCAAGUGAUUUAAUGGUUGGAAAAACAGUGAAUAUAUACGGUCGAAAUUUUCUCAUUUACGAUUGUGAUGUGUUUACAAAAACAUUUUAUCAAAAAAAUUUUGGUAUCACUAAUUUUGAUCCAAUUAAUAUUGAAUCACCACAAGUAGAACAUGCUAAAAUGGAAAUACCACCAUUCAAUGGUUUUGGUAGUUUGGAAGAUUCAUUACAAAACUGUUUGCGAUUACAACCAGAUCGUCCGAAAAAAGAUUAUGUUAAAUUGAUGGAAAAUGAACAUCGAGUUUUACGUUAUGAAGCCAUUUUGGAUAGUCCACGAGAAGAAGAUCAACUUCGACGUUUUGUUAUAAGUUAUCGUUUAGCAGAUGAUUCAAUUUCUAUUUACGAACCUCCGGGAAGAAACACAGGCAUCAUAGGAGGACGAUUUCUUGAACGAACAAGAGUUUCCAAACCAGGUUCAACACCUCAACAACCACUUUAUUAUGGUCCACAAGAUUUUUAUAUCGGUGCCACUGUUGAGGUUUUUCGUCAUCGUUUUGUUAUAAAAAGUGCUGAUUUAUUCGUAUUAAAAUUUGCUGAAGAACAUCCGGAACAGUUUUCACCACAAGUUAUCGAUUCGUUACGUCAACAUUUGAGUAAUACAAGUGGCCGAACAGAUGCACGUUCAGGGCUAGCUAUUCGCGUUCGACGACAACCUGGUGAUUUUAUUCGAUUAUAUGCUGAAAUUCGUAACAAAUUAAAACAUAUGCGUGUAACAAAUCAUGAAGAAAUACGUCAAAUGUUUUUAAGAUAUGAUAAAGAUCGAACAGGUUAUAUAAUAAAAGAUAAUAUUAUCGAUUUAUUUCGACAAUUACAUUUACCAUUGGAAAAUGAUAUAAUUGAUGCUAUGAUAACUGAAUGUACAACGAACAGUGAAGGAAAAAUUAAUUUAUACGAUUUUUUACGUUUUUUUGAUAAUUAG